AUGAAAAGGACGCUUCUACCCUGCCCUAUUUCUUCAUUCGGUCAACAAAUAAGGGGGCACACAAUUUCUCAUUCAUAUCUCGACUUCAUCUUCUCAAUUAAGAAAAAGGCUUAUGAUUUUUCCCUUCAUGUGCGAUUUUAUCUGCUUGUAGCUAUUGGCAUUGAACUAGCUGUUGUUUGGGAAGCUAUCUGUCAAGCACAUGUAACAGGCCAAUGUGUCACAAUUCAAAUGCUUGGGAUACUUGCAGCAUUAAGAGAACUUGUUAAAACAAACUUAUCGCAUUACGUAUUCACCGAGUUCGGUCCACAAGAAUUGAAGAAAAACAGUUUGAUGCAGCAUCAUAAUGAAGCUUCAAAUGAUUCAGACCUUGUAAAAAUGGAUGAUCAUUAUUCAGAUGAAUUUUUUGAUUUUGAUGAUGAAUCAGAAUGUGACUACAUAAUCACUCUUCCAGAAGAUCAAACUGCAAAAUGUACAUUGCUAAAAACUGUUAGUGCUGACUGGCUUAAAUCUGACAAGCGUGAAGAUCAUCUGGCCAUUUGCCCUGGGAACAUUGUUCACAAAUAUGCAGCUGAUGGUAGCCCAAAAUUCUUCAUUGUUAUUAACUUUCGGGAUAUUAUUGUAAUUUGGUGGUAUAUUAGGUGUUGUGUUUGCCUGAGAGUGAGAGUUAGUAGAGGUAGGAACCGUUGUGAAGCUUUCCGCUCCAAAACCCCAACUGGUGGUGCCGCCUUCAGCCGCUUGCUUGUUCUGGUGCCCAUUGUUUCUUGUUCUAACAUAUUUGGAGUUGUUUAUGGGAUUCUCCUCAGGAAAGCCUGCCAUGAAUUUUGUUCAGGGGACCCUUUAUCAAAUAAUCCCUUUUCAACCUCCCAAACUCUUCCAUCUUUCACCUUUUGCCAUUAA